AUGUACUUCAUUUUUCUUCGCAGCAUUCCGUUGAAUUCCUCUGCAUUUUCUUGGCCAGUAAUUAAAGACGCCUCAUUUACCUGCCGCUGUGAAUUCGGAAGCUGCAGAAUGCACUUCCCUCAAACAGCCGCAUUGACGCACAUCCAUGAAACUAGAAGGUUCUCAUCGCACCUUCCUUGGGAAGUAUUCUACUAUAAUAGCCAACCUGCUCUUCCUACCUGCGUAAAUGGCAUGUCACCAUUGGGAUCCACUGUAAUGUCGUACAAGAAGAAGAGAGAAGAUGCAAAAGACAGAGUAAGGAAGCUGGCUUGUGAAAUAUGCAACAAGGCGUUUCUGCGUCCCUCGGCCCUCAGAGUGCAUAUGCGCACGCAUACGGGAGAGAAGCCGUACCGCUGCACUCAUUGCCCCCAGUCCUUCAGUCAGUCGGGGAAUCUUACAGUUCACAUGCGCAUGCAUACUGGGGAAAGGCCUUUCACGUGUCCAAUCUGUCACAAGGGAUUUUCUCAGUCCAACUCGCUCAAAGUCCAUAUAAGAACUCACACUGGGGAGAAGCCAUUUCAAUGCCAAUGCUGUACAAAGUGUUUUGCAGAUAGGUAUGUGAACGGUUCAUGGACUUAUAAUGAAAUAUAA